AUGUUGGGGAUUGCAGAGAUUCUGAUAGCUCUGGUAGUGUGUCUCCUGAUUCUGCAGUUCCUAAGGCUGCAAUGGAUGUGUACUCAGCUUCCUCCAGGACCAGUUCCCCUUCCCAUCAUCGGCAACCUGUGGCUGCUGGACUUCAGGCUUCGUCGGGAAACUCUCACUAAGUUAACCAACAUCUAUGGAAAUAUCUACACGCUGUGGAUGGGACAGACACCUAUGGUUGUCCUGAAUGGAUACAAAGCAGUCAAAGAUGGCAUCGUCACCCACUCGGAGGAAGUUUCUGGAAGACCUCUCACUCCUUUCUACAGGGAUAUGAUGGGCGAGAAAGGUAUUUUCCUGACAAACGGGCACACCUGGAAGCAACAGAGACGCUUUGGCAUGACAAUUAUAAGGAGCCUGGCACUGGGAAAGAACAAUUUGGAGCAUCGAAUUCAAACAGAGGCCUGUCAGCUUGUGGACACCUUUGCAAACACAAAAGGCAAACCUUUUGACCCUCACACUCCCAUCGUUCAUGCUGUUGCAAACAUCAUUUCUGCUGUUGUUUUUGGUCAUCGCUUCUCCAGUGAGGAUGAAUCUUUCAGCAAACUUAUCAAAGCUAUUUAUUUUGUGAUCUACUUUCAAGCUACUAUCUGGGGCAGGCUGUAUGAUGCCUUCCCAUGGCUUAUGCACCAUCUCCCAGGGCCUCAUCAGAAAGUGUUUGCAUACAACGACUUCAUGCACAGUUUAGUCAUGAAGGAGGUCCAGGCUCAUGAGAGACAGAACACAGGUGAUCCUCAGGAUCUCAUUGACUUCUACCUAGAUCAAAUAACAAAAACCAAAGAUGACCCUACUUCUACUUUCAAUAAUGACAAUAUGGUCCAGACUGUGGUUGAUCUUUUGCUGGGAGGGACAGAAACAACCAGCACCACCCUUCUCUGGGCACUGCUCUAUAUGGUACAAUACCCAGAAGUACAAGAAAAGGUUCAAAGAGAGAUAGAGGCUGUUCUGGAACCUUCCCACCUUAUCAGCUACGAGGACCGCAAAAAGCUGCCAUACACAAACGCGGUGAUCCACGAGGCUUUGCGGUACAGCAAUGUUACUUCUGUUGGGGUCCCUCGACAGUGUGUGAGAAGUACAACUUUGCUGGGUUUUCACAUUAAAAAGGGCACACUUGUAUUGCCAAAUCUGCACUCUGUGGUGUAUGACUCUGAGCACUGGGCAACCCCUUGGAAGUUUAACCCAGACCAUUUCCUUGAUUUGGAUGGCAACUUUGUGAACAAAGAGGCAUUCUUACCUUUCUCAGCAGGUAACNGUGUAUGUCUGGGGGAACAGAUGGCACGAGUCGAACUGUUCAUCUUCUUUACCAACCUCCUUCGUGCAUUUACCUUCCAGCUCCCUGAGGGAGUAAAAGAAACCAACCUGGAGUAUGUUUUGGGUGCAAUACUGCAGCCACAUCCAUACAAACUCUGUGCUAUUCCACGCUAG